AUGUCCAAGGAGCGGAAGAAAAUGAUGAAAGACAAGAGGGAGAAGAAGGACACGAGCAUAGAGAAGAAUCGACCCCAACCCGUGGCUACUCUUGUUAAUAUCAAGGGUUAUAAUAAUUAUGUGGAUCGGCUUUGGAAAGUGUCGGAGUCAGAUGCUAAAAAAAGCUUGAACGAGGCGAGGGAGAAGUACUUAAUGAAUAUGAAGAAGGAUCUACCGACACCAGUGGCUGAUCCUCAACCUCGACGCAGGCUUACUUUUCUGCCUCAACCCGUGGCUACUCUUCUUGGGAUCAAGGGUCCCCUAAAGUCCCUGGAUCAGCUUUGGAAAGUAUCGUAG